AUCGCCCGAACCACUCGUGGGCGCAACAAAAGUAAUAAAAUCAAACAAGGCGGCGCAAGUUUUGAUGCAGCAACAACAGCGAAAAGGACGCUUUUAGAAACAGACAGUUAGAGGUCGAUGCAAACUGUUUUGUGCAUGCUGAUAGCAAGAUGACGAGCCUACAGCACCCCCCGUUGAGCUAUGAGGCCUCGGCCACCACCACGCACCCCCACUUCGCUACAUGCCUGCCGCAGGAAGUGGUCUCUUGCCUGAAGAACUCCCGAUUCCUACAUCUUGCAACAUGCGACGGACUCAAUCCUCACAUCUCUCUUAUGAGCUACACCUUUCUCCCCUCCACGCCAUUCAACCCCACCCCGACCAUUAUCAUGACCACCAACCCCUCAUCCAAAAAGACACUCAAUCUCCGCUCGAAUCCACGAGUAUCGCUCCUGGUACAUGACUGGGUUUCUCACAGACCUCCCACCCGGACCCGAGAUGCCGGACGGGAAGGGUCUCCGCCUCCCGCAGCCACGCAGUCCAGUCUUGCCACUUUGCUUUUAAACCUCAACACUAGUGCCAUGAGCAGUAUCAGCACCACGAUAAUCGGUGAAGCCCGGGUCCUUGAUGUAGGUAGUGAGGAAGAGAAGUGGUGUAGAGAACGCCACUUAGAGAGCAAUACGUUUAUUGCGGACGAAGGGGGGAUUGGCGUCUUUAGUAGCAGUGGCCAGGCGCGGCAGGGAGGCACAGGAGAACAGGAACGGCGGCCAUCUAUUAUGGAUGACGAUGUCAAUGUCGUCGUGGUAGCUGUCAAGGAAGGCAGGAUUGCGGAUUUGAAAGGUGGGGUGAGAGAUUGGGCUGUUGUGACAGAGGGACAGGUGAAUGGAGUAGCUCCUGGUAGCUAAACUACCUCUAAAUUUCUCUAGGUCAGCGCCAUAGCUCCUGAACUAGUUACAGGCUAAGUUUACCAGGUGCUUCUAUAUUCUCCUCCCUACUGCCCUUCUUACUACAAAGAAAAUGACAAAAAGUGCCUUCUACCUAGUAGCCUUGGUAUGUAAAGCCCUAUCCUCCCAUUGUGAGAAUAACCAUGACGCAACAGCCGACAACAGAGGCAAAAUCUCUCGGAUUAAUGAGAUAUCUCAAUCCCACCGGCUUAAAGGAGGGGACAGUCAAGGAUCUUCCCGUUAGUGCUGAUCUAUGAACACAUUGUCAGAGAAAGAGAACCGGACAUGAACCGUCCAAAUGCUUAUCUAUUCUUAUUUAACAUUCCAUGCUUAUGUCUCUACCGGCAGCCGGCUCACGGCAAAGCCGUAAACUAACGGAGUUACGCUUAGUUUCGUUCGCAGAUGCUAUCGCACAACCACUCC